AUGUGCUUUAACAGCGGCUUGCGUCACUCCAAGGCCUAUUCUACCGCCUCCUCCGUGCAGCCUCCGAAAGCUCCUAAGGUCUCUCUCUGGACCAGAUUGUCACGUGCGUCGACCUUUGUGUUUGCCUCGUCGCUCGUCCUUGGUGCUGUGAGCCUAGCGGGGUUUGUCAUCUACCUCUUGUUUGCUGAGAUAUUGCUCCCAUCGGGUGAAACGCAGGUGUUCAACAGAGCCGUUUCCUUGAUUGAGAAGGAUGCGGAGUGCCAGGCCCUUUUAAACUUCCCUGCCGGUGAAAGAUUGAAGGCAUACGGCGAAACCGACGGCAACAGGUGGACCAGAAACAGGCCCAUCCACUCCCAGAAGAAGGAAGGGAAGGAUGGCAAGUCGCACUUGAUGAUGAAGUUCCACGUCGAAACCAACAGUGGCCGCCACGGAUCCGUAACCUUGGAGAAUAUCGAGGACAGUGCCCUCGAGUCUAACUUUGCAUAUAUUGCUUUGGAUAUUAGAGGCCAAAAGCGCCACUACGUCAUUGCUCCGAAGUUCAACACUGUUGCCAGGCAUAAGGCGACAGGUCUUUUUGAUCUCAAAUGGGGUAGUUCCAAGCGCGGGUAA